CGGUUGACGUCAUCGAGCAACUCAGUCAAGGAAGCUGGAAGUUGGUUAGACUCCAUUGUAACGACACUUUUAAACUAUAAGUUUGAGACGGGAAAACAAACGGCUGUUUUUUCGUUGUAUUUUUUUACAGACGGGGAUCUUAGAGAAACACUUUGUGCAAGUCUAAAGCAGUGCAGAGUUAGCCGCCACACAUCACUAAGUGACGAUGUUAGCCUCAAGUCUUCUGGCUAACUACUGCACGGAACUCCAUGAUGACCAAGCACAUAAAGAUAUUUUGACUUGUAUCAGUUGGUCCCCGUUCGUCUACUGUAGCCUUCAUGUGGACAAGUUCCUGCAUCAUUUUCAGCUGUCAGAUCAAACUUUGAUGGACGUGUCAAUACAAUUUCGGCGGGAGAUGGACAAAGGCCUGUGCAGAGAUACCAACCCUGCAGCUGUUGUCAAAAUGUUGCCCACAUUUGUGCGCUCCACCCCUGACGGGACAGAACAAGGUGAAUUCCUGGCUCUUGACCUUGGUGGAUCUAACUUCAGAGUGCUCCUGGUCAAAGUUAAGGGCAAUGGCGAGCAAAAGGUGGAAAUGGAAAAUCAGAUUUAUGACAUUCCUGAAACCAUGAUGAAAGGCAGCGGUACUGAGUUGUUUGACCACAUAGUUGAUUGUCUGGCUAAUUUCAUGGAGAAGAUGGACAUAAAGGAUAAAAAGCUUCCUCUGGGUUUCACCUUUUCUUUUCCUUGUCAGCAGACCAAGUUGGAUGAGAGUGUUUUGAUAUCUUGGACCAAGAGAUUUAGGUCAAGUGGAGUAGAGGGAAGGGAUGUGGUCAGCCUUCUGAGAAAAUCCAUUAAAAAUAGAGGGGACUUUGACAUUGACGUUGUGGCAGUUAUCAAUGACACAGUUGGAACCAUGAUGACCUGUGGGUAUGAUGAUCAGCACUGUGAAAUUGGCCUAAUUGUAGGAACGGGGACCAAUGCCUGCUACAUGGAACAGAUGAGGAACAUUGAACUGCUGGAUGGCGACGAGGGCCGGAUGUGCGUUAACACAGAGUGGGGUGCCUUUGGAGACGAUGGUGCCUUGGAUUCCCUGCGUACUGACAUUGACCGGGAAAUAGAUGCUGGCUCUCUAAACCCUGGGAAACAACUGUUUGAAAAGAUGAUCAGUGGCAUGUACAUGGGGGAACUGGUCCGUCUCAUCCUGGUGAGGAUGGCCAAAGAGCAGCUGGUGUUCCAUGGCAAGACUACAGCAGAGCUUUUAACCACUGGAAGCUUCAACACUGCGUACAUCUACGAAAUAGAGAAUGACAAAGACAAGGAAGGUCUGGUUAGUGCUGAGAAGGUGCUACGAGGCCUGGGUCUGGAGCCAUCUGUUGAAGACUGUAUAUGCACUCAGAGAGUCUGUCAGAUAAUAUCUACACGUGCUGCACACUUGUGUGCUGCCUCUCUAGUAGCCAUCCUCCGACAGAUCCGGGAUAACAAGGCAGCCGAGAAGUUGCGCAGCACUAUUGGAGUGGAUGGUUCUGUUUACAAGAAUCACCCAGAGUUUUCCAGAAGGCUCCACAAGAUGGUACGGCGACUUGUGCCAGACUGUGAUGUGCGUUUUUUGCAGUCGCAGGUUGGCAGUGGGAAAGGUGCAGCCAUGGUAACAGCAGUAGCAUAUCGCCUUGCCGCUCAACAUGCUGAGCGCCAGAGCAUCCUCAACACCUUGCGUCUGAGCCGUGCGCAGCUGCUAAAUCUGAAAAGUCGAAUGAGUGAGGAGAUGGACCGAGGCCUGUCCAAAAACGCCCAUGAGCAGGCAAGCGUCAAAAUGCUUCCCACCUAUGUCAGAUCUACACCAGAUGGAACAGAGCAUGGCGACUUCUUGGCAUUGGACCUUGGGGGAUCCAGCUUUCGGGUGUUGCUGGUGCGAGUUCGAAGUGGUACGCGACGUAAUGUAGACAUGCACCACAAGAUAUACAGUAUUCCUCAGGAGACCAUGCAGGGCACAGGGGAAGAGCUUUUCAACCAUAUUGUGGAUUGUAUUGCUGCCUUCCUGGAGUACAUGGGCAUGAAAGGCGCUUCCUUACCUCUUGGCUUCACAUUUUCCUUCCCCUGUCAUCAAAAUAGACUUGAUCAGGGAAUUCUUCUCAAGUGGACAAAGGGAUUCAAAGCCAGUGGCUGUGAAGGCCACGAUGUUGUUACAUUGCUUAAAGAUGCCGUCCGUCGCAGACAGGAAUUUGAUCUAAACUUUGUGGCAGUGGUUAACGAUACAGUUGGAACCAUGAUGACUUGUGGCUAUGAGGACCCCAAAUGUGAGGUGGGACUUAUUGUAGGCACAGGAACCAAUGUCUGCUACAUGGAGGAAAUGAAAAACAUUGAACUAGUGGAGGGAGAUCGUGGUCGAAUGUGUGUCAACAUUGAGUGGGGAGCAUUUGGAGAGAACGGUGAACUGAAUGACUACUGCACAGAGUUUGAUCGCAUUGUUGAUGAGUGCUCUAACUACCCUGGGAAGCAAAGGUAUGAAAAGAUGAUAAGUGGAAUGUACCUGGGCGAGAUAGUGAGGAACGUGCUCAUAGACUUCACCACUAAGGGCCUGCUGUUCAGAGGCAAAAUGUCUGAGCGCCUAAAAACCCGGGGUAUCUUUGAGACGAAAUUCCUUGCACAGAUCGAAAGGGAUCGCCUGGCCAUGCGACAGGUCCGCUCAAUUCUGCAGCACCUGGGCCUCACCAGUUCCACUUGUGAUGACAGCGUGCUGGUAAAGGAAGUGUGCAGUGUGGUUGCUCGCCGUGCAGCUCAGCUCUGUGGCGCUGGUUUGGCUGCUGUGGUUGACAGGAUGCGACAAAACCGCAACCUUAAUCAGAUGUCCGUCACUGUGGGAGUGGAUGGAACCCUUUAUAAGACGCACCCUCAUUUUGCCAGCAUCAUGCAAGAAACACUGCAGGAUUUGGCACCACAAUGUCAGGUGACCUUCCACAAGUCAGAGGAUGGAAGCGGGAAGGGAGCAGCACUGAUCACGGCUGUGGCCUGCAGGGUCAAGAGUGAAGGGCAACACUGAAUGGGUGCCCUAUACAAAUGUUUUUACUAGGUCAAUAAUCUAUUAUGUCCACCUGUACCUGAGACGAGAGCUUAAAGUGUGUAAUAGGGCUGAUUUUGUGCUUGAGUUGUUUUAAUAGGCAUAUUUAUGGUGAGCAGACAAGACAAAACAAUUGUUUUGUUAAAUGCUGUUACAGUUUUUCCCAUUUCUGUAAAUUGCAGCAAAAUACUUAGAAAGCACUUGCAUUUAUGUUGCUAAACCAUUCUAUCAUUUUUUUUGUUAUAAAAUAUAUUUCAGCACCUCUGAUUCAAAAUGUACUGAAACUAAUUAGAAUACUGUUUUGGUAUUUAAGAUAAUGAAUGAAGCCUUCAUGUUGGAGUGUUUAAAACUUCCAUUAAAAUAAUUGUUGCACUCUUUUACAAUACUUGCCUAAGUACAGAACAGCAGGACAGACUAGAAGUGAAGGAGGGAACUAAAGCUUUUCAUUUAAAUGCAUUCACAGCUCACUGUAUGAAGCCAUCUUUUAAUCCUAUUCCUAAUAAAUAAAUAAAUAUUUUUGAUGAUACAA